UCUUAUCUCCCAGCCAUAGCGACAUGGCGCUCCCCAUCACAGUGAUACCACCGAGUCAUUCAAUACAGGCUCUGGACACGUUAAGGUUAAUUUGGUGACUACAUACACCAUAAAACCACCUCAACGCGCAUGGGACCUCCAGCAUUGUCUGUUGUCUGGUAGAAGUGACAACAUCGCCCACUCACGACUUAUCAGUGUUUCACGAGGGGACUUGGGACUCUAGACAGGCGGACCUGACUGAGUCUGACGCCAUUCUUGUUUGUUCUUCCACCUCGUGCCGGCUGGACGAAAUUGCAAGGCGAUCUGUUCCUCUUUCCAUGAAAAUAUCAUUACUGGCUGCAGCACAAGACAUCGUCCAUCUCCUUCGCGCUUCUCACUACACGGCUUUGUGAAGACGGUUUAUGAAAUGGGUCCCCUCAGUUCCGAGACGCCUGCAUUGCCAUCCGGUGCAGGCAACGAUAGGCAGCUCCAAACCAAGCAGGGCGCCAACGCAACUGCUUCUCACUCUCUCUGGGUGGACGUAGAUGCACAUCAGGAAAAGAAGUGCGUGGUGGUCAUGGGCAGCGGAGACUUCGGCAUGGCGCUGACCGGCAGACUGGUACAGGCUAACUAUCAGGUGGUAGUGGGCAGCAGGAACCCACAGAAGACCAGAGCCCGGGCAUCAGGAAUCGGGGCGACAGUGAUGCAACACGAGGAGGCGCUGCAGCAGGGGGAGGUGGUGGUGAUGGCUGUUCCCUUCACUCACCUGGCCUCCCUCCCCUUGCAGCACCUCGCCGGCAAGAUUGUCAUCGACGUGAGCAACAGGAACCCCGCUACAUCCAAGUCCCUGGGGUCACUAAGCCAGGCGGAGGAGCUGCAGGCGCUGGUCCCCGCCGCCAAGGUGGUGAAGGCCUUCAACGUGCUGUCCGCCUACGCCCUCACACGUGGUAACAUGGGCAGCAAGGAGGUACCAGUGUGUGGCGAUGACGAAGGUGCGCGGCGUCAGGUCUGUGAGAUAGCCAGGGACCUCCGCUUCACGCCCCUGGACAUGGGCCGCCUCUCUAACGCCCUGGAGGUGGAGGCGAUCCCGCUCAGCUUCUUUACUGAGUGGCGUGGUGGUUUCUUUACCUCCAUUGUCGUCUUCGCCUUUUAUUUUGUCCUCCUCUUGUUUCAGUGGUCGGUGUGUAGCCACCUGCAGCACCCCAACAAAGACUGGUCCUCCCUCAACCGCCUCGCCUCCAGUACCGUGUCAAUCGCAUGUGGCGACACCGCCCUCACUCUGCUGGCCCUCUGCUACCUGCCAGGUGUGCUAGCCGCCUACCUGCAGCUGUGGCGCGGCACCAAGUACUCUCAGUUCCCUGGCUGGCUGGACCGCUGGCUGAAGAGCAGGAAGCACCUCGGCCUGCUCAUGCUGCUCAACGCCCUGCUGCAUGUUAUCAUGAAGCUUGCCGGCAGUCCUUUGUCUGGGAGGAGCGACUGGCGGGGUAACUGCUUCGUGGCCGCUGGAGUCUUUGCGUUUGUAUUGGCGAGCAUUCUGGGCCUCACGUCGCUCCCCUCCGUGUCCGGCAACAUGACGUGGCGGGAGUUCUCCUUCGUGCAGAGUGUGCUGGGCUGGUUCACGCUGCUACUGGCCACGCUGCACCUUGUCUUCUCCGGCUGGGACAUGCUCUUCAAGCCAGACUUUACCUGUUAUCUGCCUUCCCACAGCCAGUUCGUGAUGGUGCUCCCGCUGCUCACCUUCGCCCUCAAGCUGCCCCUUCUGGUGCCCUGCGUGGACUCCAUGCUUCAGAGCAUCCGCCAGGGAUAUGACAGGACUCCCUCCAGGACCAACAACAAUUAAAUCGCCAAGGACA